AUGCCUCAAUUCGUAGACAAUUUCCACGUUAUAACAACUGUUGCUUUAGAUAUUCCUGCCAGAGUUCCAUAUGGAGGAACAGUAACUAUCUCAAGCUUUCCCAAGGGCUAUAAAGGAAAGCCUCUCACAAUUGCAAAAUUCACACACAGCAGUUGCCAAUUUGUUCAAGAUGUCGAGUUCCAUUUCCUCAACAAUACGACUUUCAUCAUAGAGACUCCUCAAGAAGGUAUAUACAAAGUUUUCAUCGCAGGAUUUGUUGCUCCCAAUGGCGAAGAAGAAGAAGAAGUCGAAGAAAUUCUCACCUCAGAGAGCGAAGAAGAAGAAAAUUUCCAAGACAUUCAAGAUUCAGAAUAUACCGAAUAA